AUGCGAAAGGGCGCGUUGAUCUUCAUCCUCGCCAAUCUUCUCGUCAUUGGCUUCCUUGUCCACAGCGUGUCGACUCUGCUCAGUCUCCUCUUUGAGGAUGCCUCCGACGACGCCAUCAGCCGUACUGAGCUCCCAGCACCCAACUCGAGUCUUAUCGAUGAACGUCCCUCGUUGAUUCCGAAGAUCAUCCAUCAGACCUACAAAAAUGAGUCUAUUCCCGAACUUUGGCAAGAAGCGCAGCAGAGCUGUAUCGAUCUCCACCCAGAUUAUGAAUAUAGACUGUGGACCGAUCUAAAGGCCGAUGAGCUCAUUGCAACUGAAUAUCCAUGGUUCUUGGAGACGUUUCGCAACUAUCGUUACCCCAUUCAACGCGCCGACGCUAUUCGAUACUUUAUUUUGACAUUUUACGGUGGAAUUUACAUUGAUCUUGACGAUGGUUGUAAUCGCAGACUAGACCCCCUUCUUGGCUAUCCCGCCUGGGUUCGCAAAACCAACCCUACUGGAAUUUCCAAUGAUAUCAUGGGAUCCGUGCCGCAGCAUCCCUUCUUCCGUCGUGUUAUUGAUUCCUUACAGGACUACAACCGACACUGGGUGCUGCCUUACAUUACCGUCAUGUACUCGACAGGACCUCUGUUUCUCUCCGUACUCUGGAAACAGUACAUGGCCGGCCGGCCGUCGGGAGCUGACCGCGUUCGUGUCAUCAUGGCCGACGAGUACAAUCGACACUCAUGGAGCUUUUUCACCCAUCACCCCGGUAGCAGCUGGCAUGGAAAAGACGCUAGGCUGAUUUUUUGGAUGGGCUCACAUUGGAUGUUGCUCACCAUAGUCGGAUUUCUCCUGGCCGGUAUCGUCGGCACCUUCAUGUGGUGGGCCUAUCGACGAUUGCUCAUCUUCACAUCCAAGUACUGCCAUCGAUACUCACCCAUCGCUACGCGCCCAUCUGGCUCCUAUCGAUCGUUUUCUCCCCCGCGUAAGCUUGGCAUUCUGCCGUCCUUUCUGCAGCGAAGGAGUGCCUCGAGGAAAAGGGACGAAGAAAAUGCGUUGUCGACCACUAUCUACGAGCUAAUCAACCGGCCUGAGUAA